AUGUCUAAGGAAUCUCUUAGCAACUCACCCAGUCAUGUCGAGGAGACUGAACCAGUGCCCCAAGCCGAGACUGCCAUUGAAUAUGAUAGUAAUGGCUUGAGUGGCAUCGUUCGAUCUCCAUAUGUUCUGGGAGCUGCUACCCUGGCCUCUCUCGGAGGAUUCUCCUUCGGUUAUGACCAGGGAGUAAUUAGCAUCAUCCUCACCAUGAAGCAAUUCCACGACCAAUUUCCCGAAACAGCCCCCGGCCAUCCUCGAUACGGCUUCAAUGUCGGCUUCAUGACUGGCAUGCUCGAACUUGGUGCCUUUGUUGGAUGUCUCUUUCUUCCAUACCUCGCAGACCGAAUCUCUCGAAAGUGGGCUAUGACUGUUGCUACUGUCUUCUUUACCAUCGGUGCCAUCAUUCAGACUGCUUCUCAUAACUAUGGUACACUCGUCGCUGGACGAGCUAUUGGUGGAAUCGGCGUCGGAACCCUGGCCAUGGGUGCGCCUCUCUAUAUCUCUGAGAUCUCCCCUCCGAACCUACGAGGCUCUCUGCUGGUUCUUGAAGCUCUCUCUAUUGUCAUUGGAGCAAUCAUUUCCUACUGGAUCACCUAUGGAACAAAGGAUAUGGCCAGUGAAUGGUCCUUCCGACUGCCAUUUCUGCUCCAGAUGCCUCCUGCUCUGCUAGUCGGCCUCGGCAUCCACUUCUUCCCAUACUCUCCCCGAUGGCUCGUCAUGCGCCAACGAGACGACGACUCUCUUCACGCCCUCGCCCAACUCCGUCGCGUCCCCGCGACCGACGAUCGAGUCCAGGCCGAGUGGAAAGGAAUUCUCACAGAAGUUCGGUUUCAGCAGGAGAUCCUUUCUCAGGAACAUCCCAAUGACAAUGGCAUUAUUCUAGAGCUGAAGCAGUGGGGUGACCUAUUCCGACCCAGAUGUCUCAAGCGUACUGCAGUUGCUCUUGGAAUCCCCUUCUUCCAACAAUUCAGUGGUAUAAAUGCUUUCGUUUACUAUGCUCCCACUUUCUUCAAGGCGCUCGGGCAGGAUGACAACAUGGCGCUGAUUCUAUCUGGAAUGGUGAAUAUUUGUCAGCUGGCCGCUGGUAUUCCUACCUUCCUCUACCUGGACAAGAUGGGUCGCCGUAAGCUUGCCAUCUUUGGUGGUGCUGCCAUGGCCGUUCCUCAUCUCAUCAUGUCCGGCGUAGUCGGCAAGUUUGACGGCAAAUGGGAGGCCAACCCAGGAAUGGGCUGGUUUGGAGUUGCCCUGAUCUACAUCUACGUCCUCUGCUACGCAUGCUCAUACGGACCACUAGCUUGGACUCUCCCCGCUGAAGUAUUCCCCAGCUCCCGCCGAGCAAAGGGUGUUGGGGCCGCUACUGCUAUGGUCUGGCUCGCCAACUUCAUCAUUGGUGUCGUGGUUCCGGAGAUGAUUAUUAAGAUCGGUUGGGGUACUUAUCUCUUCUUUGGGAUCUUCUGCGCUCUCGCUUCCAUCUUUUCCUUCUUUCUUGUUCCUGAAACUGCGAACAAGUCUCUGGAGCAGAUUUCUCAACUGUUUGGAGAUCAUGCUGUUGCGGAUGAGGAGGCUGUCUACGAGCGAAUUCGCCAUCAAGUUUGGGCGGGCCAUGCUCAUGGUGCCGAGCAUGCUGAGGUUAAGCAAAGUAUUUGA